UCCUAUGUGAUAUUUUUGAAAAUAUAUUGUGCAUCACAUUUAUAUUUUAAGUCAAGCAAUAAAAAUAUAAAGUUCAAAAGUCUUCUGCAAAAACUAAGAGAGGAGUCAGCAAACCUUUGGGAAAUUUGACCUCACAACAUCCUUGAAUUUAGACAUUGACACGUCCAAUUAUAGCUGUUUAUGCUGCUGUUGAAAAUACAGUUUACAUAUUAUAAUGUUACUGCUCACUGACCUGUCAGUCACUUCACGGACCAUAAGUGUGGAUUUGCAGGUGUGUGUGUGUGUGUGUGUGUCCAGCCCUUAGACCUGAAAAACCCAAAGCCCAAAAUCCUCCAGCAGCAGAAAGGCUGAUGCUGUGUAGACACUGAGACUAAAGAUGGGCUCUUUUCGUUUUGGCUCACAGCAGUCCUGCAGUGCUGCUGGAUCACUGUGGAAUUGGACAACAUCAAGAUUACGACUGGACUCGACCACGAGGUUCUUUCAGCAGAAUGAAGAAUUGCUGGUUUUGACCAAGAGUGAUGAAUUGAGUCAAAGUUAUGGUGAGGACACCCGAACACCUCUUAACGGGAUAACAAGCACAAAGAAUCCAGGAUUGGAUGAUACCAGACCAAACAGAGCAUCACUUAAAGAAACUGGCCUGCUUGUCACUGGGCAGAAUGAUUUGACAACAUCCACUGAGGGGGACAGACCAACAACAAAUGGAUCCACCAGUGUGUCAUGGCAGGAGAGUCCAGCUUUUAAAGAAACCAGAACUACAGUAAUCUCUGCUGGGCUAAGGACUGUCACAGUCACUUCAGCAGUCUCUGCUGCUGACUCACCUUGGAGCAAAAACAUCAGAACUUACAGCAAAGGAAGAUCUAGGGGAUCUGCUGUACCAGCUGACAAGAUGGGGAGCACUAUGGUGGACAGUGAGGAGAACCUGAGCGACAGGCAGCAUUUAUACCAGGAUAUUGCUGACAGUGACAUGAACAAGAGUGAGAAAAUUGUGGAGCAGAAUCCUCAGUUCUAUGCCAGCAAGGAAGCCAGUCCCACAGGUUUGAGUCCAUCUCCCACUAUCACCGCCUGGGAAGCUGGCUGGAAUGUCACAAAUGCAAUACAGGGCAUCUUUGUCUUGGGCUUGCCCUUCGCAUUGGUCCAGUCAGGUUAUGUUGGUCUUCUUCUGUUGAUUGUGUCAGCCUGGAUGUGUAACCGUACAGGAAGGAUCUUGGUGGCUUGUCUGUACGAAGUGGAGCAAAGUGGAUGCUCGGGCUCAGUGUCACAAGUUCGAGUCCGGCGCAGCUACCAGGACAUAGUAAAAGCCUGCUGUGGAGGACUUUGGCCCUGCUGUGCUGUACUUGGAGGAUGGAUAGUUAAUGUAGCUCAGAUCACUGAGCUGUUGAUGACCUGCACCCUUUAUCUCGUGUUCUCCACCAGUCUCUUGUAUGUCAGCUUUUCACAAGUUGCCAUUCCUGAAUCAGUGUGUUGCCUGGUCUCUCUGAUGUUCGUGUCACCAUGCCUGCUCUUGACUGAUCUCAGGCCAGUGUCAACCCUCAGUCUGCUCUGUUCCCUGGCUCACAUACUGAUCAGUCUGUUGAUUGUGCUGUACUGCCUGAGUGAAGCCAGCAGCUGGUCUUGGUCCUCGCUGCCUCUUUCAGUAGACCCGGAGGACUUCGUCAUCUCUGUGGGUGUCAUCAUCUUCUCCUACACCUCACAGAUCUUCCUCCCACCACUGGAAGGCAGUAUGGAGGACAGAGGGCAGUUUAAUGCCAUGCUUGGGUGGGCCCAUGCUGCAGCGUGCAUCAUGAAAACAAUGUUUUCUUUACUGGCUGUGUUGACAUGGGGGGCACAGACAAGUGAGGUCAUCACAGAUAACUUGCCCUCUGCCCUACGACCUCUUGUCAAUAUGUUUCUGCUGGCCAAAGCACUGCUGUCUUACCCUCUGCCAUUCUACUCUGCUGCUGAAAUACUUCACAACUGUCUACUUGGAGAUGAUGCUGUCUCGCUGGAGCGGAAACAUGAAGUUCACCAUGUGUCUCGUGCUGCCCUGCUCGUUCGUGGGGUCUUGCUGGUGACAUCGUUCCUACUGGCCCUGCUGGUCCCCAGCUUCUCCCUGUUGAUGGGUUUGACAGGCAGUGUGACGGGGUCAGCCAUGACACUCAUACUGCCGUGUGUGUUUCACCUCAGACUGCAGCGGGCACGCCUCACGGUCGCUGACCGGCUCAUAGAUGUGGGCAUACUAAGUUUAGGAUGCAUCUGCUGUGUAUCUGGUGUGAUUUGUUCAAUUAAAAGGCUGCUGAAAGGGCUGUAGACCAUAUUAUAAUCAAAGCCAAAACCCUCAAGGCAGAGGCUUUGACU